AAGCGGAAGGGCGCGGCGGCCGGAGCCGGAGCCGCGGCCGCGCGGAAGCCUCGAAAGGAUUACGGGACAAAUCAGGCUUAUGUGUUCUACGGACAUUCGCGAGAUUUCCAGUACGUGGGCGUAGAAGAUUUGCCUAAAUGUGCACACGUGAUUGCGGAGCUUCCACCGCAGUCGCAGUCAAUGUCACUGAUGGAUGUGCAGAUCUGGAUCAUCAAAUUGUUUCGGCUCCAUCCUGAAACUCAAGAUCUCUCAAUCAAGGGUUUCUACUCGGAUUAUUGCCCCUCUGUCCUAAUUCCAGAGUGGUAUUUUGGGUACUGGAUAACCUAUGAUUGUCUACGUGAUGAAUCAUGGGCUUCCUUUGCCAAGAAAGUUAGGGGGAGAAGAAAUGGGAUGGAAAUGUUCGUCUUAUAUGUGGACUCCUCUGAAAUCAAGCACUCCAGCAGUUUGAUCAAAGCCAUACCUGAUGAUUAUUCUCAGUUGGAAACGGCUGUGCUGCCUGACGGAAAAUCCCUGUCGUCAUUUUUCCCUUUGAAUUGCACUUCCAAACGCCUCACCGAAGACCUGACGAUGACAACCACGGAGAUCGCCGCAUAUCUUGCUCAAUACUACGGCGAUCAGUACAGUCGUGCUGGGGCAUGGAGGGCAAAAAUGAAGGCUUUGGAGCUGCGCUAUGGUACCUUCUAUGAUUCACACAACUAUGCGCCGAGGUUACUUAAGGACAUAAAACAUAAGCACCCUUACAGUUUUGUGGACAUCAAGGAUACAGAGGUUGCAGACUGUAAAGAUUUCAGAGUUCUCCACCGGAUAUUUUGGGCAUUCGACCAGUGCAGAAGGUCCUUUAUGCAUUGUCGUCCUGUGAUCUGCAUUAAGGGCACACCACUCUGUGGUAAAUAUCAAGGAGUGCUGAUGACUGCUCUAGCAUUUGAUGCUAAUGAUUACUGCAUUCCAGUCGCAUUUGCUGUGGUCGAAGGUGAGAGCAAGGAAAGCUGGUUGUGGUUUCUGAGGAAUGUGAAUCAUUCUGUUGUGAAUGGGCGUUCUAAUGUAUGCCUCAUACAUGAUUACAAAAGAGAGUUGCUUGAUGCUGUAGAGGACCUGCAGGAUAGUCCUGAAGAAGCAUAUCCAUGGAGAGGCAUACAGAGCCGGUGGUGCGUCGAACACCUUGCUGAAAGCUUCUUUGCACAUUUUGGUGACAGGAAGCUGGUGAUGUUAUUCAAGAAACUCUGUCAGCAAAGCCGACCAUGUAAGUUUGGCAAAAUUUGGAAGGAGCUAGAUGAGUUGACACUGAAAUAUACGCAGGAGAAAGAAAGUGGUGCUAGUGGGGAAAUUCAACAGGAGUCAGUUGAGCAUGGCGAAACAGAGUUUGUGGCACAAAGACCACACAUCCAUCUUGAUUCAGUGGGAGAGGAGGUGGAAAGGAAUUGCUCUGGUGGCACAGAGAGCAAAAUAACAAGGUUCUCCGAGUGGAUCGGUCCAAAACCAAUGGAGAAAUGGUCAUUGUUGUACGAUAAAAACGACGCAAGAUAUGGCAUCAUGGGCACCAGUAUAGCUGAUUUAUACAAAGAUAACCAUGUAAUGAAGGGGAUAAGGUGCCUUCCGCUCUCUGGAUUACUGGACCUGACAUACCGUCGCAUGGCAGAAUGUUACGAUACCAGAAGUGCUGCUGCAAAGAAAUCAACUGGCAACCCUUUAAUUAACUUCCCUGAAUGCAUCCAGGAUGAGAUGAAGGCCAAAUUGCAGAAAGCCGAGACACAUCACGUAACUUGUAUAAACAGUGGGAAUAAAAACGCUUUCUUUGAGGAAGGACACGGAAUAUUUAAGGUCCAAUCAAAGAACAAGUAUGUGAUUGUUGAGCUGACACAGAGAGAGACACAAACGCACAAACAUCCUAAAGUUCGAACCGUAAUCAGCGGAAAUACCAUCCACAAUACUUUAGUUCGAGAGCCAGUGAUAAGAAAAGCUCACUGUUCUUGCAACAAGCUGAAGCUGCUUCGCAAGCCCUGCUCCCAUGUCAUCGCCGUCUGCUGUCAGGUUGGAGUUAGCCCUGAUACAUACAUGUCCCCUUACUACACUCUGGCUUAUCUUGCUGACACUUGGAGGGGCAAAUUCGAUGCAUCGGAGGCCUUAGGAGAACACUACACAUUAGGAGACUUUUGCAGAGAUCCUUGCUAUUCAACACUUAUGUUAGGAAAUCCGCCAACAUGGAUCCCUGAUAAAAGGAUGGAGUGCGGUCUUCCUGCCUUCCUAACAUCGGACGGGACCCAAAAUGGCGUUGAUGAGGAAGAGCAACAAUGCAGCAUUGAGAGUGUAUCAUCAGCUGCUGACAAUCAAGGCACUGAAAAUCGUUCAUCAAGAGAAACUGACCAGGUCUGAAUUCUGUUGUGAGUGUAUCACCUUAUGUUGUAUCCUGAAUCUGUAAUGUCCAUUGUACUUGACCUAUCCUAAGUAACCCUGAAUUUUGCCAUGAUCAUUUGCAAUGCUAUUGUUCUC